UCGUCCUCAUCCGACGCACACCGGCAGCCCGGGCUCCGCUCCGACCGUGACGGUGCGACUGCGCGCAGGUUCCCCCCCAUCCUCUGCUCCCCGAGCCGCGGAACUUCUCCCCCGGUGCCCCUGUCCAACUGGAUCCCCGACCUUGACAGCGCGCGGCGCAGAGAGGAACUUUACUGGGUAACAAGGGGGGGUGUGUGGAUGCGUGUGUGAGUGUGUGUGCGCGUGCAGCGGAUCCGUUGGAGCUCCUUCUUCCAACAAGGAUUCGAGGAAAAAUAAAAGUCUGUGGCCGCGCGCAACGCAGCCAGCGACAGGGAGGCUGAAGUUUGAAGAAGAGGAGGAGGAGGAGGAGGAGGAGCAGGAGGAAAAACGCAGCAUCUCAAGGACGCAGGAGGAAGAGUCGAUGGAAAAGUAUGAGGAGCCGCUCGUCGUCUUACAGGUGCACCGAGAGACCGGAGCCUGGGUUUGGACUUAGCCUGGAUUCAUCUGCCUGAGCUGCGUUCAGAAACCCCCCCCUCACGCUGCUCCCCGCACUUGGAGGAAAAUACCCCCAUGUCUCGUGGAGCUCGUGGAACUGGAGUGCCGUUGAGCAAACACAGAGUUUGAAAUCUGUCUGCUCGCGUGAGGCUCGCUUGUUUUAUUUCAUUUUUUCCUUUUGCGCUCUGAGGUCGGUGCGCUCUGCCCGGCGUGAGUGGCAGGUCCCCCCCCCCCCGGACAAGAGAGACCCAGCAGGAGGCGGUUCGGCGGCGGAGCCACACGGGAACUCGGGGGCACAUCAGCGGCAGCGUGCCUCAGGCUCACCGGGCACUUGUUGUCCACCCUGCGCGGUUUGGAACCAUGUUUGAGGACCCGUGGAGCGGAUCGAUCCGGCGCGCCACAUGGAUUUUAUCCCUUUCCUUCCUCGUCCACUUUACGCAAGCACAAGAUGACGUGCCUCCCUACUUCAAGACGGAGCCGGUGCGUAGUCAGCUCCAUCUGGAACGCAACAGGCUGGUGCUGACCUGCAUGGCCGAGGGCAGCUGGCCACUGGAGUUCAAAUGGAUCCACAACAGCACGGAGUUAACUCGCUUCUCACUGGAGUACAGGUACCUCAUCCCCUCACUGGACCGCUCGCACGCCGGCUUCUACCGCUGCAUCGUCAGGAACCGGGUCGGGGCCCUUCUGCAGCGGCGCACAGAAGUACAGGUGGCCUUCAUGGGCAGCUUUGAGGAAGGUGAACGCGCCCAGUCGGUGUCUCAGGGAGAGGGCGCCGUCGUCAUGGCACCACGCAUCCGCAGCUUCCCCCAGCCACAAGUCACCUGGUUCAGAGACGGGCGCAAGAUCCCACCCAGCAGCCGCAUCGCCAUUACUCUGGACAACACGCUGGUCAUCCUGUCCACGGUUGCCCCGGACGCCGGGCGCUACUACGUCCAGGCCGUGAACGACAAGAACGGAGAGAACAAGACCAGCCAGCCCAUCACCUUGUCCGUAGAGAAUGUGGGAGGUCCAGCCGACCCCAUCGCCCCCACCAUCAUCAUCCCACCCAGGAACACGAGUGUGGUCACAGGCACCUCGGAGGUCACGAUGGAGUGCGUGGCCAACGCCAGGCCUCUUAUCAAGAUGAGUAUCUCUUGGCGUAAGAACGGCGUGCUGGUGAGCGCCGGCUUGAGCGACUUCAACCGCAGGCUGACCGUCCUCAGCCCCGUGGUGAGCGACUCCGGCUUCUACGAGUGCGAGGCCGUCCUCCGCAGCAGCAGCGUGCCGUCAGUCAGCGCUGGGGCUUAUCUGCAUGUACAAGAGCCACCGCAGUUUAUCAAAGAGCCAGAGAAGCACAUUACGGCCGAGAUGGAGAAGGUGGUGGACAUUCCCUGCCAGGCGCGGGGAGUGCCGCAGCCGGACAUCGUGUGGUACAAGGAUGCUCUGCCCAUCGACCCGGUGAAGACGCCCCGGUACCGGGUGCUGGUGGGAGGCAGCCUGCAGGUCAACGGCCUCCUGCCCGACGACACGGGGAUGUUCCAGUGCUUCGCCAGGAAUAUGGCAGGAGAAGUUCAGACCAACACGUACCUGGCUGUUACCAGCAUCGCCCCGAAUAUCACAGCCGGACCCUCCGACAGCACGGUGAUCGACGGCAUGUCAGUCAUCCUGCACUGCGAGACCUCAGGCGCUCCGAGGCCGGCUAUCACCUGGCAGAAAGGUGAGCGCGUGUUGGCCAGCGGCUCGGUGCAGCUGCCCCGGUUCACCCUGCUGGAGUCGGGCAGCCUCCUCAUCUCCCCCUCGCACAUCUCAGACGCCGGGACCUACACCUGCAUGGCGAGCAACUCCAGGGGCAUCGACGAGGCGUCCGCGGACCUCGUGGUCUGGGCUCGCACCCGAAUUACCACCCCCCCACAGGACCAGAGUGUCAUCAAAGGAACUAAAGCCGUCAUGACGUGUGGAGUGACACAUGACCCCAGUGUAACUGUCAGGCACAUCUGGGACAAAGAGGGCGUGGUCAUCAACGUCCAGUCCAUCCCUCGCAUGCGCCUGGAGGCAGACGGCACCCUGCACAUCUCCCAGACCUGGUCCGGUGACAUCGGCACGUACACGUGCAGAGUCACCUCCGUCGGCGGCAACGACUCCCGGAGCGCUCACCUCCGCGUCAGGCAGCUGCCCCAUGCCCCGGAGAACCCCACAGCUCGGCUGAGCAAGUCGGAGAAAAGAGCCAUCGACCUGGAUUGGGCCAAACCUUUUGACGGCAACAGUCCCCUCAUACGCUACAUCCUGGAGGUUUCUGAGAACAAUGCUCCCUGGGCCAUCCUGCUGGCCAAUAUCGAGCCAGAGUCCGUGGUGGUGACGGUCAAUGGUUUGAUCCCCGCACGCUCCUAUCAGUUCCGCCUCUGCGCCGUUAAUGACGUGGGGAAGGGGCAGUUCAGCAAGGAGACAGAGCGUGUGGCUCUGCCAGAGGAGUCCCCCAGUGCUCCCCCUCAGAAUGUCAUCGCCAGUGGUCGGACCAACCAGUCCAUCAUGAUCCAGUGGCAGCCUCCGCCAGAGAGCCACCAGAACGGCAUCCUCAGGGGAUACACCGUCCGGUACCGUCUCACUGGGCUGCCCGUGGACUACCAGAUCAAAAACAUCACCAGCCCGGACGUGACCAACCUGCUGCUGGAGGACCUCAUCAUCUGGACCAACUACGAGAUCGAGGUGGCCGCCUACAACGGGGCAGGUUUGGGCAUUUUCAGCCACAAGGUCACAGAGUGGACCCUGCAGGGAGUGCCCACCAUCGCCCCCGGUAACGUGCAGGCCGAGCCGGUCAACUCCACGACCAUCCGCUUCACGUGGAUGGCCCCCAACCCCCAGUUCAUCAACGGCAUCAACCAGGGCUACAAGUUGCUGGCAUGGGAGCCCGGCAGAGACGAGCACGUUUCCAUGGUAACAGUGCGACCGAACUUCCAGGACAGCGUCCACGUGGGGUACAUGACGGGUCUGAAGAAGUUCACAGAGUAUUUCACGUCGGCGCUGUGCUUCACCACGCCCGGCGACGGCCCCCGCAGCCCGCCCAAAGCCGCGAGGACACACGAGGACACUCCCGGCGCCGUGGGUCACCUGAGUUUCACUGAGAUCCUGGACACGUCGCUCAAAGUCAGCUGGAGCGUGCCCGUGGAGAAGAAUGGCGUCCUCACAGGUUACCGCAUAUCGUGGGAGGAGUUCAACCGAACCAACACCAGGGUCACCCACUACCUGCCCAAUGUCACCUUGGAGUACAGGGUGACCGGACUCACCGCGCUCACCACCUACACCAUCGAGGUGGCCGGCAUGACGUCCAAGGGCCAGGGUCAGCUGUCGUCCUCCACCAUCUCCUCCGGCGUCCCGCCAGAGCUUCCUGGCCCUCCCACCAACAUGGCAAUUUCCAACAUCGGCCCACGCUCCGUCACCCUGCAGUUCAAGCCUGGGUAUGACGGCAAGACUUCCAUUUCCCGGUGGCAGGUGGAGGCUCAGGUCGGUGUGGUCGGGGAGAACGAGGACUGGGUGAUGGUCCACCAGGUGUCCAACGAACCCGAGGCCCGCUCCUUAGAAGUGCCGGGACUCAACCCGUACACCUUCUACAGGUUCCGAAUGCGUCAGGUGAACAUAGUGGGAACCAGUCCUCCCAGUCAGCCCUCCAGAAGGAUCCAGACGCUGCCGGCUCCUCCUGACAUGGCCCCUGCCAACGUCACCCUGCGCACCGCGAGCGAGACCAGCCUCUGGCUGCGAUGGAUGCCUUUACCUGAAUGGGAAUACAACGGGAACGCGGAGCAGGUGGGCUACAGAGUUCAGUACUCGCGGGCGGGCUCACUGGGCCGAGCGCUGAUCCACAUCAUCGCCGAUCGCCUGGAGAGAGAGUUCACCAUCGAGGACCUGGAGGAGUGGACGGAGUACGAGGUCAGGGUCCAGGUCGUCAACGGCAUCGGGAUGGGACCCUGGAGCCAGCCGGUCAAAGGCAGAACCAGAGAGUCUGUCCCGUCCUGUGGACCCACCAACGUGUCGGCCUUCGCCACCACCUCCAGCAGCAUCCUGGUGCGCUGGUUCGAGGUCCCUGAACCGGACAGGAACGGCCUCAUCCUGGGCUACAAGGUGGUGUACAAGGAGAAGGACUCUGACAGUGCCGUCCACUUCUGGACCGUGGAGGGGAACGCCACGCACAGCGUCCAGCUCACCGGUCUGGGGAAGUACGUGCUCUAUGAGAUCCAGGUCCAGGCCUUCACGCGGAUCGGAGACGGACGGCCCAGCUCGCCGCCCAUCCUGGAGAGGACUUUGGACGACGUCCCAGGACCUCCGGUGGGUAUCCUGUUCCCUGAAGUGCGGACCACCUCAGUCCGGCUCAUCUGGCAGUCCCCCUCGCAGCCCAACGGCAUCAUACUGGCGUACCAGAUCACGUACCACCUCAACUCCACCAACACCAACACGGCCACAGUGGACGUGCUGAGCCCGAGCGCUCGCCAGUACACGGUGACCAACCUCAAGCCGGAGUCCAUCUACGUGUUCCGCAUCACGGCGCAGACGAGGAAGGGCUGGGGCGAGGCGGCCGAGGCGCUGGUGGUCACCACGGAGAAGAGAGCCCGACCGCAGCCCACCAGCCUUCCCAUGGUUCCCCAGAAGGACGUCCAGGCCCGUCAGGUGUUGUUGUCGUGGGAGCCAGGCAGCGACGGCCUGUCCCCCGUGCGUUACUACACAGUGCAGCUUCGAGAGCUUCCUGAGAGCAACUGGACCGUCCACUCUGCCUCCGUCAACCACGAGGCCUCCUCCUACAUCGUGUCCAGGCUGAAGCCCUUUACGUCCUACCAGUUCAGAGUGAAAGCCACCAAUGACAUUGGAGACAGCGAGUACAGCGAGGAGAGUGAAGCCAUCACGACUCUGCAGGACGCGCCCGACGAACCGCCGGCCAUCCUCUCCGUGACGCCGCACACGACGACGUCAGUGCUGAUCCGCUGGCAGCGCCCCUCUGAGGAGAAGAUCAACGGGAUCCUACUGGGCUUUCGGAUUCGCUAUCGUGAGCUGCUGUACGACCGCCUGCGGAGUUACUCAGUCCACGCCAUCAGCAGCAUGUCCAGCUGGGCGGAGCUCACCGCCCCCUACAGUAUCCGGAAUCUGAGUGAUUCAACCCUGAUCCAGUACGAGUUGGACAAGUUGAGUAAACACAAGCGCUAUGAGAUACGCAUGAGUGUAUACAACGCUGUGGGCGAGGGGCCAACCAGCCCACCGCAGGAGGUGUUUGUGGGAGAAGCAGUGCCUACAGCCCCGCCCCAGAAUGUGGCCAUUCAGUCCGCGACAGCCACCCAGCUGGACGUGACGUGGGACCCUCCACCUGUGGACGCACAGAACGGAGACAUCCAGGGCUACAAGGUUUACUUUUGGGAGUUCCAGCGCAAGAAUGAGACGGAGCGGCUGCGGACUCUGUUCAUGCCGGAGGGAGGAGUGAAACUGAAGAACCUGACGGGUUACACCACCUACAUGAUGAGCGUAGCCCCCUUCAAUGCAGCUGGGGACGGACCCCGCAGCGCGCCAACCAGGGGACGCACUCAGCAAGCAGCUCCCAGUGCUCCCAGCUUCAUUCACUUCAGUGAGCUGACCACCACCUCGGUCAACGUCUCCUGGGGCGAUCCGACCUUCCCUAACGGCAUCAUCGAGGGCUACCGCCUGAUCUACGAACCCUGCACACCUGUAGAUGAGUCUUCAGUGGCCUGUGCCGACUGUCUUCACUCCCCCUCCCCCCCAGGCGUCAGUAAGACAGUGACGGUGGAUGUGAAGGGGAGCGGGCCCCUCUGGUUGAAGCUCAGGGACCUGGCCGAUGGCAUCACGUACAACUUCCGCAUCCGGGCCAAGACCUUCAUCUACGGGCCAGAGGUGGAGGCCAACAUCACCACAGGCCCCGGAGAAGGAGCCCCUGGGCCGCCUGGAGAGCCCUUCAUCACACGCUAUGGUUCAGCCCUGACCAUCCACUGGACCAGCGGGGACCCGGGACGUACUCCCAUCUCACGCUACGUCAUCGAGGCCAGACCUUCAGAUGAGGGAUUGUGGGAUAUCUUAAUCAAGGACAUCCCCAAGGAGGCGACGUUGCACACGUUCAACAUGGACAUCCUAAAGCAAGGGGUCAGUUAUGACUUCCGGGUAAUCGGAGUGAACGACUAUGGCUAUGGAUCUCCAAGUCUGCCCUCUCCUUCCAUAUCCGCCCAGAAAGUGGCGCCGUUCUACGAGGAGUGGUGGUUCCUGGUGGUGGUGGCGCUGGUGGGGCUCAUCUUCAUCCUGCUGCUGGUCUUCAUCCUCAUUAUCAGGGGCCAGAGCAAGAAGUACGCCAAAAAGUCUGAAUCCGUGUCUCUCUACGUUUGUCCAGGAAACAACUCCAACUGCAACGCCCUGACCCACGGAGACAUGGUCAGCCUGGACGAGGGACGGUUCCCGGCUCUGGAGCUCAACAACCGGCGGCUCUCCGUGAAAAACUCCUUCUGCCGGAAGAACGGCGUCUACACCAGGUCUCCUCCCAGGCCCAGUCCAGGCAGUCUUCACUACUCGGACGAAGACGUCAGCACAAAGUACAAUGACCUGAUCCCUGCAGAGAGCAGCAGCCUGACUGAAAAACCCUCUGAAAUCUCUGACUCACAGGAGGCGCUGGUGUUUUCAUAUGGGACAGUUGGCCUACAUACACUUCCACUGCAUUUGGGCAGCGACAGCGAGUACGAGGUGGACCCCAACCGACAGAAGACCCACUCCUUCGUCAACCACUACAUCAGCGACCCCACCUACUACAACUCUUGGCGCCGCCAGCAGAAGGGCAUAUCCCGGGCGCAGGCCUACAGCUACACCGAGUCUGAGUCGGGCGACCCGGACCACUGCGCCCCGCCCCCGCUGCCUCCUCUACCGCCGCUGCCGCCCCAGCUCAGUUCACCCAGCCCCCAGCCCCAGCAGGCCCAGGGCCAGCCCCAGGGUCAGCCCCAGGGUCAGCCCCAAGGUCAGCCCCAGGGCCAGCCCCAGUGCCAGCCCCAGGGCCAAGGCAGCCUGUUUAGGCCCAAAGGUAGCCGGACUCCCACCCCCUCCCAGCAGAGCUCCAACCCCCCCAGCCAGCAAAGCACCCUCUACAGGCCCCCGAGCAGUCUAGCACCGGGAUCGCGGGCCCCAAUUGCCGGCUUCUCCUCCUUUGUGUAAAAAAAAAAAAAUGCUGAAAGGGACAAGAAAAUUUCUGGAAAUAUCUACCCAACUUGUGUUGAAGGAGAACAUUGCAUUGCCUAAUGCGCAGUCAACCCGAUCAAGUCUUCUGUCUUUCCUUGUUUUCAUUGCUUCUCUUUUUCAUAUGUUACGUUUUCUUACUCAGCCUGGAUCAACACUAUGAGACCUUGACCUUUAGCACUUCUUCUGUCUGAUGAGUGUUCGUGUGCUAAUGUAGACUUCGAUUUCUUUCACCGGUUGAUAAAAAUACUCUCUGCGACGACUAAUUCACUUUUAUUUGGCUAGUUGAACUAUUUGCAUGACUUUUUCUUACAUUUAUUUCCUACUCUUUUGUUACUUUUGUUGGAGCACAUUCAAAUGGUCAUGUGUCUGAUUAUGUACAAAGCCACAAGAAUCUCUGAACACACAUGCAUAUAAAUAUACAUAUAUAUAGUAAAUGUACCUAGAAGACAAAAUCAUGCCGAUGCUGAGUAUGCAUUGAUGGAGACUGAUGAUGAAGGAGGAGCCAUGUUCGUGAAACGAAAGGACAAACGUUUGUUUGGAAGGCCUGGAUGUAAAAACAAAAAAUAAAGAAGAAGAAAGAAAGGGCGGACGUGGAUGUGGGAUUAAUGCCAAAUCAAACAUAUUUUAACGUGUUGGCUGGAAGAGUUUAAAGUGGACAUCGGAGACGCAAUCUCCAUGGAAACGGCUCUCUGGCCUUUAGCACACAUACGUAGAAAAGUAGGACACCAUUCGGCCGUGGCGGGUCGAAUGUGACUGCUGUGCCUGAAAGGUCCUGCGGAUAUAUGAAAUGAGUGUAUAUCUGUUGAAGUGAUUUAGUCUUUUUAAGUCUUUUUUUUGUGAGUGUAUUACAGUGAAUCAAAGAUGCCUUGAUAGAGAAAUACUUAUUUAUGAUAUCUGGCACCUGAAAAUGCUCACGGUGCCCCGGACUGUGGCAUCGUGAUGGCUGGCCUCGCGCCACGAGAGCCAUCUUUUAAUCCGGACAGAUGUGGGCCGUGAAAUUCGUUUGCAUACACAACCCAUAGGUUUGUUUUUCUGCACCCUUUGCUGGCUCUCGUAUAAACACACACAGUCUGUCUCAUUCUGCACACGUCUACUGAGAAUGCUUUGAAAUGUCCAAAACUAUCUGCAGCAGAAUGGGACUGUUACAUGUGGGCGCUGUUGCUGGUCCUGCUCAACUGUUAGCAGAGGGAUUCUGACGAGAAACAAAGAGGAUGUUUCCUGUUUCCUGUCCCCCCCCACCCCCCGGCUGGUCGAACUCUCGUCUGUCACGGAUCACUACCGAGAGAUGAUGUCACCUCUUUCCCCUUUUUGUGUAAUCAACUGCUCUGUACUAUUCAGGUGUGGCUGUGCCGUCCCAAAUGCUAAUGAGUGUGUGUGCGUGUGUGUGUGUGUGAGUGUGUGUGAUGACAGAUCAUUCACCGUGUCUGGUUGUAAAGACUUUGUCCUGCAGCAACUGUAAACCUGCCUGGAGUGACGCCACGGAGGCUUGGCACCGUCCAGCCGCCUGCCACGCGUGCUCGUACCGCUAUAGUGAAGACUCAGUGGUGUGUGUUCCUAGUUUCCAUUGUUUAAAAAAAAAAAAGGAAGUAAAAAUUCAUCUGCUUAUUUUUUAUUUUUCUCUCUGUGGGGUGAUUUCAUUGUACGCAACAAACGCUUAUCAUGCAGAAUCUGAAUGAAUAUAUGAUCACAGUACAUUUCUGAAAAUAAAUUAUUUUUCAAUGUUA